AUGGCUCCAACACUAGCAGAGCAAGUGGCAGUAGACCAAGUCUCCCCUGGAGAAUAUGUCUCCCGUCUUAACCCCAUCAGAAUGGGCAACGCCAUGCCCAUAGCCUACGGCGGCUGCACAGCCAGCAUCGCCGUCAACGCAGCGUGUCAGACAGCACCGCCCUCAAUGUCGCUGUACUCUGUCCUCGGACACUUCCACGGCCCAGCAUCAACAGAUAAGAAGCUGCACUGCAGCGUGACCAACAUUCGAGAUACGCGAUCUUUCGCGUCACGAAGGGUUCAGGUCAAGCAGCAGCAACCUAAUGGGAAAUUCCGCGUUUGCAUGGAAGUCCUCGCGGAUUUUCAGGUUAUUGAACCUUCGAGCUGGGAUUACUCUGAGCCGACGUGCUCCAAGUGGCCGAGGGCGGAAGAUUGUCCCAAUCUGGACGACUUGGUAAAGGGAUUAUUAGAAAAGGGCAGCAUCACUGAGAAGCAAGGACAAGAAUUCACCAAAUCCUUCGCCGCCAACGCAGAUUUCUUCGAGACGCGCUACUGCACCGCCGGCGUAUCAGCCCAGAACCUCUCCGGCGCAUCACGCACCACCAAAACAACACAAGACCACCUCCCCAUCACGGAAAAAGUAUCCGCCGAGUGGCAGCGCGCGCUGCACGAUCUCCCCACGCCCACCGCCAACAUGAGCGCGCUGGCAUUCCUCAUGGACGGCGGUCUCUCAUUUCUCCCGUUGAGCCAUAAUCAUAUGUGGUUUGAUGAUACGGCUGCGUGUUCGACGCUGGACUUUGCGUUGAGGGUCUUUGUGCCGGAGGUUAAGAUGGGGGAGUGGCAUGUUAGAGAGAGGAAGACGAGUAGGGGAGGGGGGAAUAGGACGUAUUCGGAGGGGAAGCUGUGGGAUAGCCAUGGGAAUUUGGUGGCGAGCAAUACGCAGCAGUCUAUUAUGAGGCUAAGGGAGGGCGUUGCUGUGCCUAAGCUGUAG